GGAUACGGUGUGCUGCUACUUUUGUGUUGCGUUGAGAGUGGGGGAAAUCCAAACAUUUGAGGAUACAGCAGGGAGUUUUGACGCUUCAUUUCAUUAUCUUAUAUCCUCAAGAGGAAAGCACUCACAAUGGAGAUAGUUCAUGUGUACACCAAGAAGCGCAAUGAGUUUGGGCGACAGUGUAAUUUCUCUGAUCGGCCUGCUGAGUUGCAUGUGGACAUCCUCCCUGAUCCUUCUCUGGCAUCCAACUUCAUUGAGAGAGACCCUUGCGAUAUUCCCAUACAGUGCACACAAGAGAUGUCCGAGCAUGAGGUGAACACUGAGCGCUUUGAGUCAGACACCAGGGGGAUAAACCAUGUGGAGGGAGGCUGGCCCAAGGACGUCAACCCUCAGGAGAUGGAGCAGACCAUCCGCUUCAGGAAGAAAGUGGAGAAAGAUGAGCAUUAUUUCAGCACCAUCAUGCAGCUGGGCAGUAAUAUGGAGCAUUGCAUCAAACAAAACAAUGCCAUCAACAUCUACCAGGAGUACUUUGAAGAGGAGGAGGUGGUGGAGGAGUCCGAGGAGCAGCCCUCAGCCAAAACCAUCAAUGUUUUCAGAGACCCGAACGAAAUAAAGCGCACUGCCACCUGUCUGUCCUGGCAUCCCGAUGGCAGCUGUAAACUGGCUGUGGCCUACUCUUCACUAGGGUUCCAGAACAUCUCUCCAGACAUGAGCUAUGAUUCAUAUAUAUGGGAUAUUGAGAAUCCCAAUAAGCCAGAGAUGACCCUGAAACCGGUCUCUCUACUGGUCUGUCUGGAGUACAACCCCAAAGACUCUCACAUCCUGGUCGGAGGCAGCUACAAUGGCCAGAUCGCUUAUUGGGACACUCGCAAGGGGAGCCAGCCGGUGGAAAUGUCCACAAUAGAGCACAGCCACAGAGACCCUGUCUACAAAGUCAUCUGGUUGCAGUCAAAGACAGGAACCGAUACCUUCUCUGCAUCUACGGACGGCCAGGUGCUGUGGUGGGACAUCCGUAAGAUGAGUGAGCCCACAGAGAGGCUGGUACUGGACCCCAACAAAAAGGGCAACCUGGACAAUGCCUUGGGGGCAAUCUCACUGGAGUUUGAGACCACUAUGCCCACAAAGUUUAUGGUAGGGACAGAGCAAGGGCUGGUGGUCUCCUGUAACCGCAAGGCCAAGACCCCGGCAGAGAAGAUAGUGUGUACGUACAGCGGUCAUCACGGCCCAAUCUACGCCCUGCAAAGGAACCCUUUUUUCCCCAAGAACUUCCUGACCGUAGCCGAUUGGACAGCCCGCAUCUGGUCCGAAGACAUCAAGGAGUCGUCCAUCAUGUGGACAAAAUACCAUAUGGCCUAUCUGUCAGAUGGCUGCUGGAGUCCAGUACGACCCUCUGUGUUCUUCACCGUCAAAAUGGAUGGGACACUAGACGUUUGGGACUUCCUCUUCAAACAGAACGACCCCACCCUCAGUCUAAAAGUGUGUGAUGAGGCUCUGUACAGCCUGCGGGUGCAGGAUAACGGGCGCUUCCUGGCCUGUGGCUCUCAGCUGGGCACUGCCACCCUGCUGGAAAUCUCCCCAGGGCUGUGUACCCUCCAGAGGAACGAGAAGGCCCUAGCCACUGCGAUGUUUGAGCGGGAGACCAAACGGGAGAAGAUCUUGGAGGCGCGCCACCGUGAGAUGCGUCUGAAGGAGCGCAGCCGCUCGGAGCAGAGCAAGGACGAUGACACCAAGGAGGGAGACGGAGAAGAGAGCGUCGAGGAGCUAGCAACUCGCACGGAGGCAGAGUUCUAUGAGAUAGUAGAAGCUGAGCUGAAGAAGAGAGCUAAGGAGCAAGAAAAAAAGGAGAAAGACGUGUGUGAAGAGAAAGAAGUCUGAGACAGAACACCUUAACACCAUGUUCCACAUGCUGUUUGAAAUGUAAUCUUGAAUGAAUCGAAUAAAAACAGCAAGGUAUUUUUUAUUAACAGACAAAUAGACGUUCUCAGUGAGUCAUGCAGAACUCAUUAACAGGAUUGAGGUCCUGUUUAAUUAUUGUUAUUUAUAAAUCAUUAUUAGGGUUUUCUUCAUUGAUUAAAGGAAAUGUAUUUUGCUGUG